AUGAACGUAACGAAUGCUACCCCUACUCCAUAUCAGCCCCAGCAAGCAUACCUCCUAGCGCAGCAAAUCCCCGCGCUCCCAAUUCCUAUCCCGCAACCCCCUACUCGUCGAUCCAUUCUCCCGACUACGAGGCAGGCUGUCUACUCGACAUACUCGUCGCGUCUGCGGACCGGAACGACGCUGCUCAUGCAGCCCAUCCUUGCCACGGCGUCUUCCACUGCUACUCGUACGGCCACGCGCAGGGGGGGCGUGGUGAACUAUGCGGACCCUGGCUCCGGGGACGACCUUCCCGAUGCUGGCGAACUAGAGUCGGACGACUCGGAUUUUGUGGCUAGUGGUGGAACGAGAACAUCUAUUCGCCAAUCCCGGCGGACUGGCAACCCGCAAACAGGAACAUCCACGCCGGUCCCUGUGGCACCACCGAAACAGAGCACCGAACUCGAUCGAAGCUACCUAGGCAUGGUACCACCGGAGAGGUUCAUCAAGCCAAGAAUUGUAGCGGCAACUGCGCACGAGUACGCGACGCAUGAACAAUUGGAAGCUCAUGCUAAACGGACGCCGGCACUCGUCCCAAUACGCGUCGAAUUCGAGACAGACACGCAUCGCAUACGGGAUUGCUUUGUAUGGAACCUCAACGACACACUGACGAAACCCGAGACGUUCGCGAAGAUAUUUUGCGCCGACCUCGACCUGUCGCCAGUUCCUUGGGUUGACACUGUGACCAACCAGAUUCGUGCACAGUUGGAAGAUCACGAAGGAGUAGCGUCUAUGGAAAUUGGCAUGGAUGGGGCUAUGGACCUAGAUGUUGAGGGCGAGGGCGAAGAAAUCCCCGACUGCAGAGUGAUCGUUAGCAUCGACGUCCAAAUAGCAAAUCAUCACCUCCAAGAUCACAUCGAGUGGGAUCUUCUGUCCCCACUUACGCCCGAAGUAUUUUCACAAAAGCUCUGCAUGGAACUCGGCUUGACCGGGGAGGCCGUACCUCUGAUAGCCCACGCCAUACACGAAGAGCUCAUCAAGCAUAAAAAGGAUGCGAUCGAAUGGGGAGUUAUAGGCAGCUCAGAACAAGAAGAACACGCUCGAGCGGGGUCUGUUCUUGCUGGUGGGGCCGUACAACGGGAUAAGAGUGGGGCAGGCCUAAUGAAGGACAAAACCGGCUUGGGGCUCGGAUGGAGUAGGUCUGGGAAAGACGGCAGGGGACCGAAGACGCUCAAGAGCGCGUGGAGGGAUUGGGCGGACAUAGAAGAUUUCAGGACGAAGUUUGAGGUGUUGAGUUCGGAGGAGGUCGAAAAGAGGGAGAUUGAGAGAGAAAGGGCCAGUCGACGGUUACGGAGAGAGACGUCCAAAUUUCAGAGCACGCGCAGCGGCCGACGCCGAUAG